AUGACUACAGCCUUGACCAACCGCAUUACCCUCUUUCUACCCAGCCACCCACUCAUCUCCACCAUUCCCUCCAUUCCCCUCAAUCACAUUCACAUCAUUCGUCCGUGUCCGCAACCAGAAAGCCUACUUAACGCUCGCAGCAUUAAUCUUCAUUAUCAUCAAUAUUAUCCUCAUCUUCACUAUUCUAAGCAUCUUAAUCGGCAUCCCCAUAAUUCAUAUCAUCAUCAAAUGUAUGAUCGUAUCCGUUCCCUCCAUCUUUUUAGUAACAUUAUUGUCCCACCACUUGUAUUAAAGCUGCUAUAUCUUCCUCUUCGUCGCCAGUCUCCCCAUUCGCUUCCCUAUUCUACCGACAUUUUUCGAACCUGCUCUCGCUAUCCUCUUCACACUUCCUUCCUUUUCGAUAUCAUCCCUCCCUUUCGUCAGCAUCUGCUGUUGCAUCUUCUUCAACCUCGUCUUUGUUGCCCUACCUUUGCUCGGCACCAAAAGGCUCGCCAAACCCAGUUGCCAGCUGCUCUAACUUUGCGUCAGACCUACGAUACUUUUUGGAACAUUUUCGGCAUAAUCGUCUGCAACAGUCUCUUUGCCAGCUUUAUUCUCCCAUUCCUGCCACUUCGAGAACCCUUCCAACACUAG